AUCGUCUACCGCUGUGCGGAUGUACCAGCUGCGAAAUCAUUAACUUGCGAGCGAAUCGUCGUUGAGGAGCGCGUGUGUCCGGAGGCAGAGAGAGAGAAAGAAGCCUGCAACUUUUUUUCGCCGCGCGCUAUCGAUUCGCGGUGUACAAGCAACAUUUUUUAGGCUUCACUACCCCCCUUGAGAGAGAGCUCACACGUUGAGUACGCUCUGUUCCCCAUCCUAUCUACGUCGUGCAGGUGUAAGGGCAAAAAAGCGUAGAAAACAGCGGAAGGAAACGUCGGAGUUGCCGCAUGCGGUCUGCUCGAAUGUGAAAGCAAGCGUUCUUGUCGUCGUCGCCGUUCGACAUUGGUGCACCACGUGUGUCGCGCCGAUUAAUUGGAUUAUAACUCGCCCCUAACUUGAUAUCGGUCGCUUCACCCUCGGCGGGCCAACUCACGCAGCAUGAAUCUGAACGAGGAGGACGAGAGCGCUAACGAGAGCACCAGGCAGCUGUUCCUGGUCGGUGGCGCGGCACCGCGCGAUCCACUGGUGUCGACCGGCGCGAUCGUAGCGUCCGCGGGUGUUCCCGACGACAUCGGCCAGGGUGACGAUCUGCAGUCGACUGCCUUGGCUGGCCUGAUCGGCGCGCAAUCCAGCUCGGUCUGCUUCCCGACGAAAUUCACGUACGACUUCUCGACCAGCCCUGAGAGCGAAGAUAGACCGUCCUGCGUGAUCGGCAAGAGGAAGCAGCGCAGGUACCGCACCACGUUCUCCAACUUCCAGCUGGAGGAGUUGGAGCGCGCCUUCCAGAAGACGCACUAUCCUGAUGUGUUCUUCCGUGAGGAGCUCGCAGUUCGUAUCCAAUUGACGGAAGCUAGAGUGCAAGUAAUGUCUGCAUAUUUCUCUUGUCAUAUGUGCACACUCAACACAUUCGGGAAAUGUCUAAUUGGAAGCAUUUACGUGACUGUACUUUGCCUCUCGAACGGGAAACAGGUCUGGUUUCAAAACAGAAGGGCGAAAUGGCGCAAGCAAGAGAAGCAGUGUAAGAUCGCGACUCACAUGACGUCGCAUUUGCCACCGUCAGACUGCCAGGAGGUGGAGGUGCAGCAGCAGCAGCAGCAGCAACAACAGCAGCACCAGUCGCAGCAACCGGAUCACUUGCUGCUGGAGUCACCGUGCAGUCCUCCUCCGAUCUAUCUCGGCAUGGAGUGGGCGGGCUUCUCUCCGUAUAACAACACAGACAGCACGUCCUCUCUUAUCGCGAGCAACAUGAACAAACCGUCGGAAGCAGAAGUCGACAACAGUCCUCUGCUCGAUCCGGAAUUACUACAAUUGAAAUCGCCACGUUCCUAAUAAUGUUAAGAACAAACAUAUAGAUACACAGCAUGAUGCUAGGUUUCUCGGAAGAGUUACACGCGUAACAUACACGUGUACCUCCUAAACGUAGUAUAAAAUAACAUGCAAUAACUGUAAUUGAAAAAUAUCGUACACUGCAAAGUAUGAAAGUUUAAGAAAUGUUUACCUCGUAAACGAUGAGAUGUAUUUUGAGGGAUAAGAAACACUGAGACUUUUAUAUUUAAGACUCCUGGCUCCUCACUAUGAAACUCUUGAUUGAUGACGUGAGAAACGAGAAAAGAUACGUUGAAAUAAAGAUACAUUCAUGAAGUGAUACUUGCAACCGAUCAAGGAAACUUGUAAAAUAGUCCGAACAUUCUCUUUUUGUUCGAACAAUAACUGUAAAAAAUUAUUAUGUAUGCAACCUUGCUCUUUAAUGCCUUCUGCUUUUUCUCAGAAUUCUGUCGCAUUAAUUUUACAGCUAUUUAUUGAUUGUUAGAAUAAAAGGAAGAUAUUCAGACCAUUUUAAGAGUCUGCUCGGUCGAUUGCAAGUAUCAUUUUGCAAACAUAUAAUUUUAUUUCAACGUAUUUUGCAAGAAUUUUUAAUGUUUUUCUCUUUUGACGUCAUAAAUCGAGAUGGUCGCGGCGAGGUACCACGAGCUUUGUAACGUCUGGUAUACAGGAUGUCUGACACAAGAUUGUCAAAAGCAGGUAUGUAAGUAGAUUAGGUAAAGCUAAAAAAGAAUCCCCUACCAUUUUUCAAAAAACUACGUAAAGUUUCGUUUGAUCUAAUUUAUCUGCACAUGCACUUUCGACAAUCUUGUGUCAAAUAUGCUAAGAUGGCGAUGUAAUGUGAUGUAAUUUAAGAACAAAUGCGGCCUUACAUUAUGAAUGUUGCGUACGAAUGGUCGGUCAAAAAAAUCACGUCGUGAUUGCACCCUUGAAGAAUCGAGA